GUCGUCUGACGGGUGGAGGUUUGUAAAGGAAGUUCCAGAUUAGGGGGAGUUGAGUGUAUGUGUGUUCGUAGACGAUGAAUUCGAGCGUUCGCCUUAUGCCUAUUGAUAUUCAUUACAACAAACUACUAGAUUGGUUGAUUGAUCGACGUCAUUGUCAAACUGGAUGGCAAGUUGAAGCAAAAUCAAUUCACGAGAAGUUGAGGGAGGCAACGAAAAGCAUGCCUAAUGCUCUUGUGGAACAUGUCAACAAGUUGCCUGAUGUUGAAUAUAUUACUUAUUUUCAUUGUUUGGAUAUUGUUGAAUUGCUGAAAGUGUCUGAAGUUGAAACAAAGAACUUUAUGGGUCAAUAUUCAUCGCAAGUGAUGAAAAAUUGGCAAGAAGUCGUUAGACUGUUUGAGAAGGAUUCCAUUUAUCUUCCUGACUGUGCAAGUUUUUUGAUGCGCUACGUUAACUAUGAAAUUCCGGCAAUCAAAAGGCAAAUAGGGAAAUGUCAACAAACGCAAAGAGAAUGUAGUAAGAAGGAGUCCGAGCAUGUAGCAAGUGCUACAAACUUCCGGAACAAAUAUUGUGCAAUGUGUCAAGAUUUGAAAAUUCAGGGGGUAGAUGUACACAGUGAGCUGAAGAUGCUUGUGAGGGAGCUGCCCCCUUUUUACAACACAGUGUGUGAGGCUAUUGGGCAUUUAGAAAAAUGUGUGGAAUAUUACACAUCAUUUGUAGGGUUUGUCGCACAAAGUGCUGAUCAGCAAAGAAUGUUGCCAAUGAUUUGUCUUAUUCAAGAACAUGGUAAUGCUACAGUUUAUCAAUAUCGCAGUGGUACUGCUCCAGACAAGGUUAUUGUUGAUGUGAAAGAAGAAGUUGGUCCAGACAAAGAAGAUUUGGAAUUUCAAGUUGAUUGGAGAGGUGGCACAAACCCUUCUGAUGGUAGUCUACCCUCUUCUGGCAUGGAUUCCAGUGUGGCAGCACGUGCAACUACAAGUGACACCGUGACUGAUGAAAUAGAUUUUAGAGAGACCGAAGAUGCUAUUGACAUUGACUGGGGAACAACUGGAGAUAUCGAACAGCAAGACAUUGAAAUCACAGUUGAAAGUACUGGACAUGAAGAGGGAGUCAUAGUGAGUGGUGAGGAAGCAGAGACAGUCUUGAGCAACACACAGACAAGAAAUGAGUUGAUUGAUGAACUACUAGAGUUGGAAUCUUUCUUUGCACAGCGACUAGUAGAACUGAAGAGUGAGCCUGACAUUGUGUCUGUCAAUCAGUUCCAAUCAGCUCCUCAGCUACUCCAAAUGCAGUCACAGAAAUUAAUUUCUGACAUGCAGUCUCAUGUAACACACUUGCUUAUGGAGCUCACAUCACAACGGAUGCAUCAUCUCUUCAUGAUCAAACGAUCACCACGGUAUGUGGAACGAUUAGCUGACUCCCUUCAGCAACAAUUGCACCUUGCUGAUAAAAUGGAACGUGCCGCUCUCAGUGCUCAAGAAAGAAGAUCCACUGCUUUACAACAGCAGAGGGAGAUGGAGCCGCAAUUGGAGAAACUUGUAGAAAGAACUAAGCAACUACAAGAGCAAGUGUCUCAGUCUAUUUCCAAACGAUACGACAAUCGUAUUGUUAAUAUCAUGGGGGAAAUCAACAGCAUAUAACAGAACACCUGACAGUCUGCCGAUUGCCAAUAAUACAUUGCUAUUUACAUAAAGUCUGAGAGUAAUAAAAGUAAAUGGUCUUUUCUAUUCUUCAA